AUGACAGAAAAGUUACCCGAGUCCCUUGGUCAUUGGGUUCGUUGGCUGAUUGGGUUGAAGCACGUGUGCCGCCUCCUGCGUCGGAGAUACGCUAAGGAUCGGUUGCUCGAGCAAUGCUUUGCCGAGGCUUACUUACUCCCGUUCAAACGCAGCAUCGAGCUGUUCAACUAUGAAGUGCAUGAGGGUCGCUGGGGUUCCAUCCUGACUGCCUUAUUCCACCUGCUCCCCCUUAAGACAGCCUUGAGGGCAGGCUGGUCCUUGGCGAAGUACGGGCGGGGUCAGUCUGAGCAUAGCGGGGAGAAGGGGCUAAAGAUCGACGAGGUUGACCGAGCGAUCACAAGCGACUGGUGGUGGGGGUAUUGUUCUAUGAUAUGGACAGCGGGGGAAAUCGUAGAGCACGUGUCCUUCUGGGCGGAGUCUUGCCCGUGCCACCUCAAGGGAAUCAAGCUCCGCGAUGGUUCGACCGGGGAGAGGAGGCAGAAGCAAGACAGGUGCCCGCUACAGGGCUGUCAGGCCCCAGCGUGUGCUGCAGGGCAUCUGUUCACGUUGCUGCAAGAGUUGUUCUCCAGGGGUCAUUCCCAGCUCGUGCUGCAUCCAUCGAUGGCUGUGCUGUCUGAGGCCGAGAGGGCGGAGAUUGCAUUGGAUUUCAACCGUAUCAAAUGCCACUUCACAUUUUGGUUUCAGUUGAAGUUUUCUCAUUGGGGCGAGCUCCCAUGGAUUCUUAUCGGCAUAGCCCAUUGGGAUGGCGAAACAGCUCGCAGAUGCGCGGGCCAGAGCCUCCAACUCUUCGCAGGCAGCUCUAAAGAUCCGUCCCACCAUCAUCGUUUAUCUGUUCUGUUGUGCCAGCCGGGGGGGCGGGGUCACGAGCAGAUGUCCUUGUUCGCAUCGGGGGAACGCAACAUGGAUGACCUCCCGUAUUUGACCCAGUUCGCAGCCCGCUUUCGUUUCAUCCAGGUCAGCGAGCGCUGGAUCGAGGGCCGCCACCACCUAGCAUCACAAGUGUUCAAGAUAUCUCCCCGUGCAGGACCUGUGCAUCUGUCGUUCUCAACAAUCCUGCCCUUGAUCGUGAAAGCGGCUGAGCGCGAUCCAGAGUUUCUUAAUGUAUUGGCAUCCAACUCGCAGGGCCGCGCACGCCUCCUCAGAAGGGCCAUGAGAGUCUGGCCCGAAUUCGCACGGGCAAACACCCCAGCCAUCACGGGCUGA